CAACGCAAGUGAUGCCGUAUUCACCAUGUUCUAUCCUGUGUAAGAUGCAUGUCAUGUGCGAAACCCAAACUCUCCGGGUGCCCAACGUUGAACAAAACAAACUUUGAAAAAUAGUCAACCCCAUCAUUGCUUUUUGUCGCCUUCGCUAUUGCCGGAUCGUUGACCUCAUCAUCAAACUUCACCUACCUUAAACUCUAAAUCUUCACCCCGCAACCCUUCCAACCUACCGAUCAAUCUGAUUUCUUGUAGAACGAUGAUGGGGAAUCAGGCUCUUUGCGCCAGGGAAUCUGUGUGCAGAUUUGCUUGUAUUUGUACGGAAGCAAGUACCCAGCGAGAUAAUCGUCAACACGUCAACACGGCUAGUAAAGCAGACUAUUUGUUCAAGAGCUACUCAAGAUGUACCCGCGCCAAAUAUUUGUAGGAAAAAAGAAGGGAGGAAGGGAGAAGUAGCUAGUUGUGUAGCGAAACUCUACACAAGUACCCUUUCGAAAAACCACCCCAACGACGCUAUUUCACACCAUCCAGCCAACACCACCGAACGAGUAGAACAACAUUGAAUGCACGAACCCCCUCACCCCCUUUCUCAAUCAUCCUAUCCCAUCUAAUCUUGCCACUAACAUGAACCCUCCUUUCUCCCUCUCCGUCUCCCUUUAAUCCCCCUUCAUCCAUCCCAUCACAAACAAUACCGCAGACCCUACAAGUCUCGGCUCGCCUCACGCCCCAAGUACGUAUCCGCGUCGCACAAAGCAAGCAGCGCUCGCCACGUUGAUCCAUCCUAUUUUUCUUCGUCUAGAUUCGUGUAUCUGUUACACCGUCUCAUCCCUCCUUAAAAAGAAAAAGAAAGGGGGGAAGGGAUGAAAAAGUGUACGAUAAUGACAGACGACGAAUGGGGCAUAGGAUGUGAUGCAGCAUGCUGUGCAGACACGAAAAUCCAACAGCAUGUUCGAGGAAGGUGGUACAGAAUGUGUUUUCCGUUCUUCUUGUGCCACGUUGGAUGUUGUGUUUGGUAGUGGAUUCUUCUUCUGGGUGGGAUGGGCAGUUCAGACGAAGAAGAAAGGAGGAGGAAGAACCAACGAAUGGAACAUAGUGCAGAACAUUUACAGUUGGUGGAAGCUGCUUGGAUAGGCAUUAUAAUUAUUCGGGUGACAAGUGGACGAGGACAACACCG